AUGUAAACCCAACCGACAACCGUACUCCUCCAUCUCUCCCAUCCAUCAAACCGCCGCAACCUUCUCUCACCGAGCAGCUGCGAGCUCCAGCCCAAUUUCCAAGCUAGAAUGGCACGGUCGGAGCUGGUCAUGGUGUUGCUAGUGGUGGUCCUCGCCGCCGGCUGCUGCACGUCGGCGGGCGCCGUGGCGUACCUCUCCAAGCUGCCUGUUACCCUCGACGUCACCGCAUCCCCCAGUCCCGGCCAAGUUCUUCACGCCGGCGAGGACGUGAUCACGGUGACAUGGGCCUUGAACACGACACAGGCCGGCAAGGACGCCGACUACAAGAACGUGAAGGUGAGCCUCUGCUACGCGCCGGUGAGCCAGAAGGAGCGCGAGUGGCGCAAGACCCACGACGACCUCAAGAAGGACAAGACCUGCCAGUUCAAGGUCACCCAGCAGGCCUACCCCGGCGCCGGCAAGGUCGAGUACCGCGUCGCCCUCGACAUCCCCACCGCCACCUACUACGUGCGCGCCUACGCGCUGGACGCCUCGGGCACCCAGGUCGCCUACGGCCAGACCGCGCCCACCGCGGCCUUCAAUGUUGUCAGCAUCACCGGCGUCACCACCUCUAUCAAGGUCGCUGCUGGCGUUUUCUCCGCCUUCUCCGUGGCCUCCCUCGCCUUCUUCUUCUUCAUUGAGAAACGCAAGAAGAACAACUAAACUCGCAAGCCGGAACCGUGGCAUGGCAAGGUGUUCGUCCGUGCGCGACUUCUUCCCGUCAUUUGUAACGUACGCACGGCUGUACUGUACCGUACAUGUAAGAGAUUGCUGGUAUUCCCUUUCUCGGAGACUCCCGUAUAUACGUAAUUGGCAAUGUUGUAUCACCUCUAUUCUAAAUUAUAAGACUAUGAACUACUAUAA